AUGCUGGCCCAAGUGACCGUUCCCAAGGGAAUUAACUGGAAUGCUGCCGACGACACCGUGUAUUGGACUGUCUCGCCAACCUUUCGAGAGAUCUGUCCAACGGUCGGUCAAUGUGGAGAAACUCCUGAAGCAUUGACCAAGCGUCACUCCACUCAGCAAGACCAAGGACCCACGAAAUAUUGGCAGGAUGGGCGCAAUGCCGGUGAUAGUGCUCUGAAGUCUGCCUAG